UUAAAUUCCGACAUGUAAUCGAAAUAGAAAAACGAUCGAUAAUUGAUGUUGAAAGUCAUCGCUGUUAAUAAUUUUGAGAUAUCGAUAUAUCGAUAUAAUAGCAAGAUCCCCUAAUUUUCAGUCAGUAGUGAAAAGAAUAAUGUCGGGAGAACUUACCGCACGCACGACUCCGCCGUACAAUCAUUUUACGCAAAUAGGCGAUCCAGUCUUACGCCAACGGGCUGUGGAAGUUGAAGACGAUCGCAUAGACAGCAAAGAGAUCAAUGAUAUUGUGGAGCAAAUGGUAAACGUGCUGCGCCACUACGAUUGCGUUGGCGUCGCAGCACCCCAAUUGGGCGUUCCACUGCGCAUCAUUGUCAUGGAGUUUCGCGAGGGCAAGCGGGAGCUAAUUCCACCAGCAAUAUAUGAGCAACGUAAAAUGGCUACGCUGCCGCUGGCUGUAUUUAUCAAUCCGAAACUCGAGAUAAUCGGCGACGUUAAGCACACGCAUCCCGAAGGUUGCAUGAGUGUACGCGGUUUUUCUGCCCAUGUACCACGAUACGAUCGCGUUCGCGUUACCGGCAUUGGAAAGCUCGGAACGCCAGCGCAACUCGAAUUGGAGGGCUGGAGCGCUCGUAUUGCCCAGCACGAGGUUGACCAUUUAAAUGGCAUCGUUUGCAUUGACCGCAUGGAUGUUUCAACUUUUACUUGUGUCACUUGGGAGCAAAUUAAUGCAGCUGGCGGACGCGCGGUUAUACCGUUUGAUAAAUAAACAUUUGUUUGAAAAUUGUAGAGGUGGACAAGCAGCGAUAUAUCGAUGUUUUGGAAAAUAUAUCAAAAUAACGGAUAUAUGGCAAAUCAAUAUACAAAUCAAAUAUGUUUCAUAAACGCGCAUAAUAAAUCAGUUAAACAUAUUUAAACCGCGGUAUUUUUCAAAUUUCCUUCUCCCUUUGAACAGUUUUCCAUACAAAAUAUAAAUUGGUGGCCAAAAUCGAGAUGAAAAUUCGAGUAGUAACGGUUGAAUCAGCUGUGUCGUA